UGUGUGUGUGUGUGCAGCCACAGACCGAGCUCCGUUCUCUGAUCUAACGGAUCGGUAUACUGGCUAUUAGCCCGCUCACAGUUAAUUAGCCCUGAGCCAGCAUGUCGUCCAGCACAGAGGUCCAGAACCAGGACCCGAAAGAGGAGACAAACCAGGCGGUGAAGGAAGAGGAGAAGGUCGGGGAGAAAGAGAAGAAGAAGGAGGAGAAGAAGGAAGAAACGAAGGAAUCCUGGAAGGAUUGUAUGUACAACCCGAGGACCGGAGAGUUUAUGGGCCGGACCGCCCGCAGCUGGGGUCAGAUCCUCCUCUUCUACCUCGUCUUCUAUGCGUUUCUGGCAGGAAUGUUUUGUCUCACCAUGUGGGUGAUGUUACAGACUCUGGAUGAAAAUAUCCCCCGCUAUCAGGACCGAGUGGCCAGUCCAGGUUUGGUGAUUCGUCCUCACACAGCUGAAAUUUCCUUUAACCGUAGUGAACCGACAAACUACAACCAGUAUAUCCAACAACUGCAAGACCUCCUGCAGAAUUAUAAUGACAGUGUUCAGGAGCGUAACGACUUGUGUCUGGUGGGUGAAUACACUGAACAGGAUGACGAGCCGAUAAAGAAAGUUUGUCAGUUCAAACGCAGUACGUUGCGUCAGUGCUCCGGGCUAUCCGACACCAGCUUUGGAUUUGCAGAGGGAAAACCAUGUAUCCUCAUUAAGAUGAACCGGGUCAUCGGACUGAAACCCCAAGGAGACCCUUACAUCAACUGUACUGCCAAGAGAGACAGUCUGUUACAGAUUAAGUACUUCCCAUCAGAAGGUCGUCUGGAUAAAAUGUUUUUCCCGUACUACGGCAAGAAAGCUCAUCCGGAAUACGUGCAGCCUCUGGUUGCGGUGCAGUUGCUGUUGUCUGAAGAAGACUUUAGCAUGGAGCACACGGUGGAGUGUAAAGUGGAGGGUUCGGACCUGCUUAACAAUGAUGAGCGGGACAAGUUUCUGGGUCGAGUCACUUUCCGGGUCAAAGUGUUGCAGUAACUCGUUGUCAUGGAUACCACAAACUGGGUUAAUAACUCAGUUUCAGACACUUUGUAAUCCAGACCUGAUCUAAUGCUGGAUGUCUGAAUCUGGUUAAUUUUGUAUGAGGAAAUCUGGACCUGAUCUUGACCCUGGUUCAGUCCUGGUUCAGUCCUGAUCCUGGUUCAGACAUGGUCCUGGUCCAGAUCUUGUCCUCAGUAGAUUUCACAGUGACUCUUGUUGAACGUUUUCAGACUCUUGGAGCGGAUCAGGUCUUUUGUUGAAGCAUGUGAACCAGCUGCACAAUGAUGUGUUGUUUUUUAAAUGUAUUUAUAAUAGUGUUGUAAUAAAAUGAUAAAAUGAUCCCAUCAGUCAGUAAAAGUACAGAUAACUACAGAAACAUCAGUGAAGACAGAAAACUAAACUUUAUAAAACAUUCAGCUGGUCAGUAAUCAGAUACAUUUUUACUCUGCCACAGGAAAUUAUUUUAUAAUAUUUUAAUACUGCACUGAACGUGUGAUUUUUCUCAAUUUCCAACUGUAACCUGAACAUUUUCAAGUUCAGGGAUGAAGAGAAAAACCGAAAGAUGGAUAGUUGAUCACUUUUCGGUAUUGUUUUUAGUUUUUUUUGGUGUAAGUAAGUUUAAGUAAAUUUUGAUGGUACGGUAAUAAUCUGAUUACUGAUUGUAUGUUAAUAUUUUUAACAGAUUAUUCCAGUGUAUGUAAACAACUGCCAAAACGAUUUUAUUGUUUCAGUACAAACCUUUCAUAGAUAGGUUAAAGAACAACAGAAAGUAUGAAAUGUUUCACCUGAAUGCUUAUUUUAGUUUCCUGUUUAAAACACUGACUGUAGAAAAGGUAUUUCUAAUGAUGAUGAAAUCAGGUCCUCUAGAGCAGGGGUCGGGAACCUAUAGCUCGCGAGCCAUAUAUGGCUCUUUCGAUAACGCAAUAUGGCUCAGACAAUUUUGAGCUGACAUUUUUUAACAUGAUUAACAAGUAAUA